GCGGGCGUGCGGGCGCCGGGACAUGCCUCCAGGGCGCCAUGGACCCGAGGCAGGGGUAUUCCCUCAACAGAUACCAGCGCCAUCCAGUUCAAGGCUAUGAGCGCAGCAAGUUCAUACACCAGCAGCCAGGGCUGGGAUCUUAUCCCAGUAGUUUCCAACUCCAGCAAAUAGAGUUUCUUAAGGGGCGGCUCCCUGAAGCCCCCCUUACUGGAAAGCAGACACCAUCACUGCCGCUGUUCAUCCCUGAACUCUGGCCAAGGUUUCCAGGACCACCUGCCAGAGGCAGGCAACUGGAGAUCUGGGGUGUCCCCAGGAGCGUGCCUCCCAGACAUCAGGUACAUCAGAGAGGGUUCCAGCAGCAUUCCCCCCGUGGCAGGUCUCUGCCAUGGAGAGGUGUUGAUAGGCUUUCCUCACAUUUCCAGGAACUGAAUAUCGGCCAGGAUCAGGAACAAAGGAUCUUAGAGCUCUUGGAGGAGCUUGGGGACAGAAAGGCCACCACAGCACAUGAUCUGGCUAGGAAGCUCCAAGCCCCAAAGAAGGAAAUCAAUCGUGCUUUAUACUCUCUGGCAGAGAAGGGUAAGCUACAUCGGGAAGCAGGAACGCCCCCUUUGUGGAGUCUUGUACUCUCAGUUCAGCCUUGGAACCAGCACAGCCAAGUAAGGAGAGCAGACAUUCAUAGCCAGGGAGCUCCAAACUCAGACCCCAGUUGGGAAGCUGAAGACAGAAUUCCCACGUCUGACUUGGAAGAUCCUCCUGAGCCUUUUGACAUGGCUGAGAUUAAGGAGAAAAUCUGCGACUACCUAUUUAAUGUGUCCAACUCCUCUGCCCUGAAUUUGGCUAAAAAUAUUGGCCUCAGCAAGGCCCGCGAUGUAACUGCUGUGCUGAUUGACUUGGAAAGGCAGGGGGAUGUCUACAGGCAAGGGACAACCCCUCCCAUAUGGUAUCUGACUGAUAAGAAGCGAGAGAGGAUACAGAUCAAGAGAAAUACGAACAGUACUCCUGAAACCACUCAAGCUGCUAUCCCUGAGACCAAAAGAAACGUAGAGCUCCCCACCUGUAACCUACCCACGUCAGAGGCCUCAAACAAUGCGGUAACCACAGAAAAAGUGGAGAAUGGGCAGGAACCUGUCAUAAAGUUAGAAAAUAGGCAAGAGGUCACACCAGAACCAAAACUGAAACCACCUGUUCAUGACAAUGGCCCCUCAAAAACAGGGUAUGUUGACUUUGAAAAUGGCCAGUGGGCCACAGAUGACAUCCCAGAUGACUUGAAUAGUAUCCACGCAGCACCAGGUGAGUUUCGAGCCAUCAUGGAGAUGCCCUCCUUCUACAGUCAUGGCUUACCACGGUGUUCACCCUACAAGAAACUGACAGAGUGCCAGCUGAAGAACCCCAUCAGCGGGCUGUUAGAAUAUGCUCAGUUCGCUAGUCAGACCUGUGAGUUCAACCUGAUAGAGCAGAGUGGACCACCCCAUGAACCUCGAUUUAAAUUCCAAGUUGUCAUCAGUGGCCGAGAAUUCCCCCCAGCUGAAGCUGGCAGCAAGAAAGUGGCCAAGCAGGAUGCAGCUAUGAAAGCCAUGACAAUUCUCCUUGAGGAAGCUAAAGCCAAGGACAGUGGAAGAUCAGAAGAAUCGUACUACUAUUCCACGGAGAAAGAAUCAGAGAAGACUGCAGAGUCCCAGCCCACCACCCCUUCAGCAACAUCCUUCUUUUCUGGAAAGAACCCCGUCACUACUUUGCUUGAGUGUGUGCACAAGUUGGGGAGCUCCUGUGAAUUCCGCCUCCUAUCCAGAGAAGGCCCUGCCCAUGACCCCAAGUUCCAAUACUGUGUUGCAAUGGGAACCCAUACUUUCCCCACUGCGAGUGCCCCCAGCAAGAAAGUGGCAAAGCAGAUGGCUGCAGAGGAAGCCAUGAAGGCCCUGCAUGAGGAGGCAACCAAUUCGAUGCCUUCUGAGAACCAGCCUGGAAGUACGAACACAGAGUCACUUGACAGCUUGGAAUCUGGGGUGCCCAACAAGGUCAGGAGGAUUGGCGAGCUCGUCAGAUACCUGAACACCAACCCUGUGGGCGGCCUGUUAGAGUACGCCCGCUCCCACGGCUUUGCUGCUGAGUUCAAGUUGGUUGACCAGUCGGGACCUCCUCACGAGCCCAAGUUCGUUUACCAAGCAAAAGUUGGGGGUCGCUGGUUCCCAGCCGUCUGCGCACACAGCAAGAAGCAAGGCAAGCAGGAAGCAGCAGAUGCGGCUCUCCGUGUCUUGAUUGGGGAGAACGAGAAGGCAGAACGCAUGGGUUUCACAGAGGUAACCCCAGUGACAGGGGCCAGUCUCAGAAGAACUAUGCUCCUCCUCUCAAGGUCCCCAGAAGCACAGCCAAAGACACUUCCUCUCACUGGCAGCACCUUCCACGACCAGAUAGCCAUGCUGAGCCACCGGUGCUUCAAUGCUCUCACCAACAGUUUCCAGCCCUCUUUGCUUGGCCGCAAGAUCCUGGCUGCCAUCAUCAUGAAGAAAGACUCUGAAGACCUGGGUGUUGUGGUCAGCUUGGGGACAGGGAAUCGCUGUGUGAAGGGAGAUUCUCUAAGCCUAAAGGGAGAAACCGUGAACGACUGCCAUGCAGAGAUCAUCUCUCGGAGAGGCUUCAUCAGGUUUCUCUACAGCGAGUUAAUGAAAUACAACCCCCAGACGGCGAAGGAUAGCAUCUUUGAGCCUGCUAAGGGAGGAGAAAAGCUCCAAAUAAAAAAGACUGUGUCGUUCCACCUCUAUAUCAGCACGGCCCCGUGUGGGGACGGUGCCCUCUUUGACAAGUCCUGCAGUGACCGUGCUGUGGAGAGCACAGAUUCCCGCCACUACCCUGUCUUUGAGAACCCCAAACAAGGCAAGCUCCGCACCAAGGUGGAGAACGGGGAAGGCACAAUCCCAGUGGAGUCCAGUGACAUUGUGCCUACGUGGGACGGCAUUCGGCUUGGGGAGAGACUCCGCACCAUGUCCUGUAGUGACAAAAUCCUACGCUGGAACGUGCUCGGCCUGCAGGGGGCACUGUUGACCCACUUCCUGCAGCCCAUAUAUCUCAAAUCAGUCACAUUGGGUUACCUUUUUAGCCAAGGGCAUCUGACCCGUGCCAUUUGCUGUCGUGUGACGAGAGACGGGAGUGCAUUUGAGGAUGGACUGCGACCUCCGUUUAUUGUCAACCACCCCAAGGUUGGCCGAGUCAGCGUAUAUGAUUCCAAAAGGCAAUCUGGAAAGACUAAGGAGACGAGUGUCAACUGGUGUUUGGCUGACGGCUAUGACCUGGAGAUCCUGGAUGGGACCAGGGGCACCGUGGAUGGGCCACGGAAUGAAUUGUCCCGGGUCUCCAAGAAGAACAUUUUUCUUCUAUUUAAGAAGCUCUGCUCCUUCCGGUACCGCAGGGAUCUACUUAGACUCUCCUAUGGUGAGGCCAAGAAAGCUGCCCGUGACUAUGAGACAGCCAAGAACUACUUCAAGAAGAGCCUGAAGGACAUGGGCUAUGGGAACUGGAUAAGCAAGCCCCAGGAGGAAAAGAAUUUUUACCUCUGCCCAGUGUAGUCUGACCCGGUGACUGAUGGGUUGGGGUGUCCACACUGCGGGGAGAGGGAGGUCAUAGUGUUCCUCAUCACAGUGAGCAAGGGGUGUCUUUUUCUUUUUUUUUUUUUUUUUAAUGGAACCACAGUUGGUGAUACUGAGAACUUGGGGUUCUGUUUAUCCUGCUUUCUUUGGGAAUACGAAGCCAGGUCUAGCCAGGCCCCCUUCUCUUUUCCCCAGCAAAGAGGUAGAGAGCUAAGGGAAGAGAGAAGGAGUCAUCUUUUCUUUCCACCCAAAGCGUAAGCAGUCACUGAACACCUGCAGCCCACUUCCUCUUCUGUUCUGUUCUGGGUUUUUCCAUUUCCUUUCCCUUUGUGUUUGCUACACUGACCUCUUGUGGUCUCGACUAGAGGUUCCAGUCAGCUCUAUGUGAAUCAUGUCAGGGACUGAUGCUUUCAUUUGUGGAUUCUGCAGGCCCUCUUCCCUGCUUCCCCUUCUGAGAUUCCUUCCUUGUGGUCAUUAAGUUUCUCCUUUUCCUCCAAGAGGGUAAAGAGGUGAACUUAA